UGUUGACAUCGGACGAAAGCGAAAAUCAGAUGAGUGAAGACGGGGGAUAAUACAUCCAUUUCUCGCCGUCAUCAAUACACACAACCUUGGCGAAAGCUAAGGUAAAGCAGCAGCUGCGGAGCUGUGCACUCUGAAACCACUGACUAAUGUUCCCUGCACUGCCCCAUCUUUGAUUUGAGCCAGAAAAGAAGAGGCUAACAUGGCAGCCAAAGCAGGUGACAACCCCGACAGCCUCAUGACUCUGGCUACAGUCUUCUGCCUGAAGAAUCUCAGGAAGACCAUGUGCUACCAGGGAUUCAGGAACAAGCUCUGCCUCCGCUCGGACAUCUUCCUUCCUAGUGAAAUCUGCGACAAGCUGGUCAAUACAUAUAUGGAGUUGGUCCACACAGAUAGUAACUUUGAACCAGAGGAGAGUUUCUUCCAACUAUUCUCAGACCCUCGAAGCACCAGACUGACAAGGGUACAGCUGAGAGAAGACUUUGUGCGUGACAGAGAUCUGGAGGCCAUCAGAAAACAGGAUCUCAUUGAGCUCCACCUCACCUACUGCAACAGCCUGUCAUCCCGCAGCUUGAAAACACUGACCUGCUUCCGCGAGACCUUGGUCUCUCUUUGUCUCUUCGGCUGCAGCCAAAUCUUCUACAGGAAGGGUGGCGCCCCGCUCGCCUGUAAUGAAGACACAGAGGAUGAGGAAGAUGAGAGCCCUGCUUCUAGGCAGGCGUUAGAGACGGACUUUAAUUUCCAGGGCUUUAACCGCCUUAGGUUGCUCAACCUGGGUGGACUACCUGAUGAGAUGGAUGCGGAGACCCUGCUCAAACCCCUGAAGUCACUCACUUCACUAGACCUGUCUAAUGUACAGUUGCUUGGAACAGCUUUUUUCACCCAGUGGAAAGACAGACUGGCUUCUCUUGUUCUCUACAAUGUGGACCUGUCAGACGAGUUGGUCAGUACAGUGGUGGAGCUGGUGAAUCUCAGGCAUCUUGACAUCUCGCGGGAGAGCAGGCGGACUUCAAAGUUUAAGAUGACGAGGAAAAUCCUGACGGCCAUCGUACAGCGUCUGGUCAAUUUGGUGUCACUGGACAUUUCAGGUCACGUUAUGCUGGACAACUGCACAGUUCCGCAUUUUGAAGAAGCUAUGGGGCGUCCAAGCACUGAACCAUGUAAGAGCAGCAUCUAUCCUUUCCAGGAGCUAAAGAGGCCCAUGCAGUUUCUCGGCUUGUAUGACACCACUCUCUGUAAUGUGACACACAUCCCUGCUUAUAAGGUGACUGGAUCAAAAAAUGAAGACCAGGUUCUGAAUGCCAUCGAGGCUUACACAGAGUUUCGUCCUGAGCUGGCCCACAGAGCCAUCAAUCAGCUGUUUGACAUCGCCAGGAUACAACACUGUAGCCAACUGCUCCGGGCUUUGCAACUUGUCAUAGCAGCACUAAAGUGCCAUAAGUAUGAUAAGAGCAUCCAGGUGACGGGCAGCGCUGCUCUGUUCUACCUGACCAACACAGAGUACCGCAGUGACCAGAGUGUGCGGUUGCGCCGAGAGGUCAUUCAAGUGGUACUAAAUGGAAUGGAGCAGUACCAGGAGGUCACUGUCCAGAGGAACUGCUGCUUGACUCUGUGUAACUUCAGUAUUCCAGAGGAGCUGGAGUUCCAGUACAGUCGAGUCAACCAGCUGCUGCUGAAAAUCCUUGAGCCGGCCCGGCAGGAUGAAUCCAUCCAGAGAAUCGCUGUUCACCUUUGUAAUGCUUUGGUCUGCCAGGUGGACAACCAUCACAAGGAAGCUGUGGGAAAGAUGGGAUUUGUCAAGACAAUGCUGAAUUUAAUUCAGAAGAAGCUACAAGACAGAAUGUGUGACCAGGUGAUGGAGUUUUCAUGGAGCGCUCUGUGGAACAUUACUGAUGAGACACCUGACAACUGUCAGAUGUUCCUCAACUGUCGGGGCAUGAGUCUCUUUCUGGAGUGUCUUCAGGAGUUUCCAGACAAGCAGGAGCUUCACCGCAACAUGUUGGGUCUUUUGGGAAAUGUUGCUGAAGUCAAAGCUCUGAGGCCACAGCUGCUCACCCCACAGUUCAUCACUGUAUUCAGUAACCUGCUGGAUAGUAAGGCAGAUGGGAUUGAGGUGUCAUACAACGCAUGCGGCGUGCUUUCUCACAUCAUGUUCGACGGCCCGGAGGUUUGGUCGAUGGAGGAACCACGAAGAGACACAGUAAUGGACAAAAUGUGGGAUGCCAUCCAGAGCUGGGAUGUCAGCUCACGUCGCAACAUCAACUACAGGUCAUUUGAGCCGAUCCUGCGACUGCUUCCCCAAAGCAUCUCCCCUGUCAGUCAGCACUGGGCCACAUGGGCUCUCUACAACCUGGUGUCAGUUUACCCAAGCAAGUAUUGUCCUCUGUUGAUAAAGGAAGGAGGAAUAAGUCUUCUGGAGAAAGUUCUGGAGCUGGAAAGCUCACAGCCGGAGACUAAGGACAUGGCCAGGAAAGUAAUGGAACAGUGUGAAACCUUCAAAGAAGACCCCAUGGAAACAAAUCAUGGACAGGAGGUAAACUAUGGACAAAGAGGUUGACACCACAGGAGCCAUUAUUUCCAGCAAACAUCGAGCAAACCAACCUAAGGCACCUCCUACAGUCAUCACCACAAGGUUCAAUUGUGUGCAUUAUUGUUAUUCUUAUCGUUCUUCUUAUUUUGUAGAGCAGAACUGUGUCUCUGAUCCUCUUCACAGCAGUUUGGACAAAACCUUAAUAUAUGACACAUAGGAGUUAAAACGUGGUGCAUGGUGUUUUGUUGUGAGGGUGCUUACUUUUGCUGCACUUAAGCAUCUCUUCAUUUGGGAUGGUGAUGUAGGGCAGUGUGACUGUUAUCUCUCGGUGUGUGUGCGUGUGUGUGUGUAUGUGUCAAAGAUUUAGCAACAGAACAAAACAGUGAGUAGAUGCUUGGUUCUCAGUGGAGGGAAACAAAAGCCCUCCCCAGCUCACUACUGUUAACUGUGUAACAUUGAACAAAAGGCGACAGGCUACGCAGUGUCCUGCACCACCAUCAGAGGUCUCAGCUCUCACUCUGCUCUCUCACACCCGUUCAUGCUUGUGGAGGCCACGGAGCUGUGGACACAUGUACAGUGAAUAUUAGCCAUUACGUGUGUAGGCUGCAGAGAAGCAUCACACUGAUGUUGACAGGAGGGAAGUCUUCCCAGAUCAUAUGGCACGAUGGUGGACUUCUUUGUUAUAUAUGUAAAUAUUCUCUGUGUGUCUCAUCCUCUUUUACUGUAUGUUUUAUAUUAUAACUGUAAACACUCAUGACUUUACCUGUAUUUAAAUUUGUUUAGGUUUCACUGAUGUAUCGUCAGUGCUAAAAAACUAUAUACAGAACACCCAAUCAUUCAAGUGUAGACCAGCAAUCCUGGAGACUCUCCUUUAGAGGGUCAGUUAGAUGGAGUUCAACCUUGCUUCUGUUUAUAAUUAUCUGGGACCUGCUGAUUCUUCUUACUGGAAGCAGAGAUGAGCUUUUAUGAAGAGGGCGGUGAAAUCACCCAAUGCAAAAACACUUUGUGGCCAAAAGUAUGAAAGCGAGUCCUAUAAAGUCAAAGUUUGUUGUGGAGCAACUUCAUUGACCUGCACAGAGGUGAGGUCAGCGACCACAUCAAACACAUUUGGAUGAAGUGGAGUGCCAUCUGUGACACAGACCUGUCAUCUGAGAUGGACCUGAGAAACCUGGAAGCAAAGCCAGGCUCAUCAUUUGGUAGAAAGACUACAACCAGAACAGUGACGGCAACUAAGGCAGAAGUUGAAUGCAUAAACACACAAGCAAAUGAUGAUAUUUGUCAGAAAAAUGGCAAUUAAGACAUGCUUGUGUUUAGAGUGGAACCGUUUGAGCAGAGUAUUUAAAUUGACAAGUCCUGCUUCAGUUUAUUAUUCACUAUGUAACAGAUUGAAACCAUAUGAUGGAGCAUUACAACAAUGAGAUGCCAUCAAAAGUGUGACACAAGGAGGAUAGCCUGAAUUUGUAAAACCACUAAUACAAAAGCAGCAGUUUGAUCCCUGGCUCAGUCAUGCUGCAUAACAUGUGUCCUAAAUUACAGCCUAUAUGAUGUACUAAUUGCAUUGUUUUAAAUUUUGAUUUGAAAUUGAUUAAUUGUUCAGCCCUACUUCUGUUGUUUAAAUGACCUGUUCAGCUGUACAUAUAGGUAUCACCUUCAAAGGUGUUGUAUUUCUCGAACAUUUUCAGAGCCAGGAUGGACAGUUUAAAAAAAGGAUGAAACAUGUGGCAGACAGAUUUCUUUACUUUACAUGCUUGCGUUCAGCCCCCACUGACACUCCUGAGAGAGUAUGUAUUGAGGACAUGUAUCGACUUUACUCAGCUCCCAUGCAGACACUAAAGGGUUUAUACAACUUUUUUUCUUUACAUAUGCAGAGGUACUCUUCAAAACCUGGAUAUCAGGCCAACAGAAAGCGGAUGAAGUUCUCCCUUCAGGUGUCCACAGACUUUGCUUAGAUGCGCACAUCAUUUUGUGGUCUGUAGUUUCUGCUCAGUUUCUACAUAGUGGUUUGUUUGGGACAGUUGGAUUAUGGGUGGCUCUCACCUUUUAGGCGAUUUAACAAGAAGGUGUUGUCUUUUGCCCUGAAGCUUAACAGUGCUUCCAGUGGUCAAGUGUGAUUCCAGAUAAUCAAAGGGGCAAGGUUGAAAAAAAAAAAAACAAUUAUCCAUUACCACCUUAUGGCCCAGUAUGUUUACUGGGUUGGUCAACUUGCUGCUAAAGUAACUGCUUCAUUCAAAUCAAACACUUUUCUUUUGAGAGGCUAAUGGGAGAAGAAUUAAAGGGUGCGUUCACAUGUUUGUUUUAACAUUGAAACUGAGAUGAUCUGUUCAUGAAGUAAUAUCUCGCCCCCAGAAAUAAGGGAGGGAAGACAGACUCUUUCAGUGGUUUGACUUUGAAUAUACAAGAAUCAAGUUUUAUGCACACCUCCACUGAACAGGAUACUUUUCUUUUUGAGUUAUCACAGCUCCCACCUUCACCUUAAAGAAAAACCAAAGGCUGAUUUAUUCACCCUGUAUGCUGUUGUGUCCUUAAAGCUACCCUGUGGACUUUCAUCACGUUUCUCACCAAAACAUGUCAUAUGUACCUCUUAAGGCCUAACAAACUUGUUGAAUUCAUUUCCAUAUAAAAAUUUGAACUCUUACGAAGUGUAUUAGUCUAAAACUAUCUGUGCAAAUAUCUAAUGCUAUGCCUAGCGCUCUUGUAUGUGAGCUCAAGUUAUAAACUGAACAGAGACCCAAUAUUUACAGCAUUACUCCAUGGCACUAGUCGUGGUUACAAACUCCACAGGGUACCUUUAAGAUGACUCCAACAUGUUCCUUCACUGGCAUUUAAAAAAAGAAAAAUCACUGAAGGAGUUCCUUUAUUAACAGCAUUCCCAAUCAGUGUCCCACUUCAGUAAGUGUAUCCAUGGUUAUUAAAGGCAGCGUCUCACAUUCAGAACUUAUCAUUGUACUGUAGAUCUCAACAGUAGCAGUCUGCAGUCUGGAUGGAGAAUGGUUGCUUUUCCUUAGAGAGUAGAACACUUCCUAAGACAUGGAAAUACACAGCAUUUUACUGUUUUUACUACCUUAUUUAGAUGUUUUAGUAACAAACUAUUUUUCUCAUUUUAGUUUAGUUGAAAUGUAUGAGAAAGACAUUUGAUUUGAUUUCCACUGAUUAUCAUUUGGUGUACCAAAAAGGUAUGACCAGCAGAUUUGGGAAUGUUGCUAUAUGCAGUGAUCAGAGUUGCCUUUUUAUCCUUCCAGUUUAUUUUGACAUGGCAUAUCUCCAGAUGUGUCCAUUAUGUCUCUAUAGAUCAUAGUAACUUUGCACUCUCCACUUCUGAUGUAGAGAUUCAGAGAAACAAGGAGUCGCACAAAACGGUGUAAAUUGGGGCAAAAAUAGCGAAUUCUAUGCCACUUUCCAAACAUUUUUACAUGAACAUUUGUUUUCAGUUUAAAAGUAAACAGAAAUUAUAUGUCUGGAACAGACAUUUAGCUGAGUGCAUCGGGGAUCUGCGUCCGGGACAACUUGCUGGCUAACAUAUUUAACCUGCACACUCAUCCACUGGGUUGAAAUAAACUGGAAUUAUUCUCUGAUGACCACAGACUUUACAAGAGUUUAAACUCAACAGUCAUACAUCAUGAAUAGAUUCUUACUAUAAUGAAUGAAUUAAGGUUGGUCUUUAAUUUAAGUUUCAUCAUCUUAAAGUAUUAGUGGGCAGAAAAACGGUAAACCAUGGACAAAGGCUGUCGUAAAAUUUGUAGACAUUUAGAAUUGAAAAUGGAGCUAAAUUCCUCUGAUGUAAAUGACAGAUUGAAUAUUUUAGUGUGUUCAGUAGGGCUGAAACUAAUGAUUAUUUUCAUUCUUAAUUUAUAUAAUGUUAUAUAUUUCGAUAGACUGUAUUUAAAGAUGGAUGACAUGGCAGCUUUCCAGAAAUGAAACCUAAAUAUCUUGGAAAUGGAAACAGUAGUCUGUGCUGUAGUGACUGAUGUUGUAUCGAGGUCCUGCCUCCUGCCUGGCCAACGACCAACCAGGGGAGGAACCUGGAUUAGACCCACAACUCGCUGGAAGGAUGAUCUCAUCUGGCUUGGGACGUCUCAGGAUCCCCCAGAAGGAACUGGAGAACAUUGCUGAGACAGGGACUUUUAGGAUGCCCUGCCACCGUGACCCAAGCACGGACAGGAAAAAGACAUUGGAUGAAUGGAUGAAGGAGGUGGACUCUCAAUACCACGUCCCGCCUCCCUGUCACUACUCUACUAAAUAUGCAAAUGGGGUCACCAGUGCAAAAUGGGAGUGCUGAUUUCUACAAUAUUUUGACUUCAUAUUUGUACAGUACGAGGAGAUGUUGUUGUGUCGUCCAUCUUUAUAUACAGUCUAUGAUUCUUUCAUUUAGAUGAUGGUUUAGUGUGCCAGAAAUUCCCUGAAACCAAGGUGAUAUGUUAACAUUUUGUCUAAUAGUCCAAGUUUCAAAUAUAUUCUGUGUACAAUUUAGCAAACCAGAGGAUAAAAUAAGCCCAAUUAAUGAUGAUCACAUUUAAAUGCUACAAAUUUAAUUUUCUCUCUGUAAAUACCGGAGCCCAGUUUCUUUAGGUCUGUGUUUAAAUAAGUCAGUGGUAUGUUCUCACUUUGGUUUAUUGUCAGAACAUUGAACUGUUAGCAAUGUGAUUUAGUUUGACAUGAAUAAAUAACCUGAAUGUGGUUGAAUUAACAGUUGCAGGGUUUAACAUCUGCCUUUACCUGCUGUGGUGAACACAGUGCUUAUUUUAAUAACAGGAUUUGGAUGGUGGGUUGGAGCACAAAGCUUUUCACCCACAUGAUGCAGGGAUUCCUAGGACCUUACACAUCAGGCCAGUGAAGGAAUAGACAUCAGCAGCCAUACUGUUUUCUUCCUCUCUGUAAAGUGUGUUGGUUUAGAUGAACCAGGUCGGACAUAUUGCACAACGGUUUCUGCUAUGUGGCACCACAGUGUGUGGAGCUUGAGCUGGUUCAGGAUCUGCUUUGGCACACUGUGUGUCCUACGUAAGUAAGUCGACGAGUGAUGCCUAACUCUUGUUUGUAAGCUACUUCAUAUCAGUUGUGUUGGUUUUACUCACUGACUUGAUUUCCUGGUUCUCGUGUACAGUUUUUCUUUGUGUGAUUUAUGGGAUCUGAUUGGUACAGGUCUGUUUCUGUUGCUUUUCACGGUCAUUAUGGAAAUAAACGUUGCCACCAGUUGUAGGCAGUGGUGUGAGAUGACAAGCUUUAUUAGACAUUUGUUCAAUUUCUCUGUCUGGAAUUCAAAUGUGUGGACAUAACAUGAAGAGGAGAAUUUACCAGGAUUUUGCAUAUGAUCAAAACUACAUCUGUUGUGAGUUUUUAACUUCUUAAGAAUUGCACAGUGCUUGAUUCAAGAUCCUCUUUAGAGAACGUAGAUGAUCCGCUGGACAUUUUCAAUCACCUGUUCUGUCUAAUUUGAAAUCAUUGGUUGUUUCAGUUUGUGCUUUCCAGGAAGAUAUUGUGUGUAAAGCUGAGAAGAAAACAUUAGUCUUUGGGGUUGACUGUUCCUAAUUAUUUAUGAAAAUGUAUGUACUGAAAAUAGAAAAAAAAAAAAAAAGUUCAAGUGAAAUACUGUUAAAGGAGAACUGCUGUGUCGCAAACUUUCAAAUUUUAAUUUUACAAUAUUUCUCGAGUCUGUCGACACUCUGUUAUUGAUUUCUUUUGUAACAGCUGAUAAGUUUAAUCCAAAAUGGAGUGAAGAACAUUGGAUCCAAACAGUAGGGAGUUCCACUUUUUCUUGAUCUUUAUAGUUCCAGGACAUUAGUGUAAAAAUAUGAGUAAGCAAUAAAGAUGGAGUGGUUAAAAAAAA